UUUUACCCUCAACAGCGACUUGCUGCCCAUCCUUGGCCAUCCGACACCAACAACGCCAUAGGAUUGCUUCCUCCGCAUUUUAUUUUCCCUUCCCCCCCUCCUCCGCCUCGGUGAUUCUCCCAUAAUUACUGCUCCACAGCCGUGCAUUCGUCUCUUCUCGCCUUCUCUGUUCCGUCGUCUGCUCCCUUCUCCUACGGCACCUCCAAAGAAGUUGUGAAACACCGCGAUACCUUCGAGCCUGGUCUGACUGACACCUUUCGCCUCGAGUCACGCACCCCCCGUUCAGCCGAACCUAAUCGCAUCGGUCCGGUCUUUGUCGAUUCCAGCCUCGCAAACCGCCAGUGCAUCGCAGCUAUUUAGCCACCAAGCCCCCCCAAAGUCGCCGCUUCACUCAUCCAUCCACCCGCCUGAGCUGCGCUGUCGCGGCGCACCACCAUCUGCCCACCACGUCUUCCACCAAGCUUCUUCGUCUCCAGACGCAGCACGCCAUGUCCCCGUCGUCGACGGGUGACUCCCCGCGUUCGGCCACGGGCAACGGCAACGCGGGGAGGUCUUUUCCCGUCCCGUCGCGCGAGGCCUUCAACGUCGACGUUCCCUCACCUUCCAUGACCAACGGCAUCCACCCUCUCAAGUCGCCCGCCUCGCUCAAGGUGCAGAGAACGCCCAGUUUCAGCAGAGAUGGCUUCCUAGGUUCCGUGCAAAAAGCCCGGAACAUGUCUCAGUCCUCCGAGAACCGUCCCGAUGCUCUGACCAAUAGCAUGCACAAGGCGCCCAGCGACGAGGGGUCCAACCCGCUAAAGAGGAGGAACACAGACGUUGGCGUCGACUACCCACGGAGGAGGGCCACCAUUGCAUGUGAAGUGUGUCGCUCCCGCAAGUCUCGCUGCGAUGGCACAAAACCAAAGUGUAAGCUCUGCGCCGAGCUGGGCGCCGAGUGCGUCUACAGAGAACCCGGCAUCAAGCUGGAUGCCGGGGAUAAGCUGAUUCUCGAGCGCCUCAACCGUAUUGAAAGCCUGCUGCAGAUGAACAUGGUCGCCGGACAGGGAAACGGCAUCGCCAUGAACCAAGAGUCGCCGUCGAUGAGCAACGGAUCAGGCCUCAACGGGGACAGCUUGAUGGGCAUACCAGGCUCAGGCAACGCCGUCUCCAUCAUCCCCAACGGCGGCCUGGGCACGUGGAACAACCCGACAAACAUUUCAACCAUGCCCAAGAUGCAUACGAACGCGGCGCUUCACCUAUUGCAGUGGCCUCUUAUUCGCGACCUCGUCUCUCGCCCCUAUGACCCGCAAGUCUUGCUCCAGUUGGAAAUGGCCCGCGAGCCUCUCCAUUCGCUCACAAAGACGCCGUGUGUUGACCUGUCCAAUACGACUGCCUACAUCGAGGCCUACUUUGAGCGGGUGAAUGUCUGGUACGCCUGCGUCAACCCGUACACGUGGAGAAGCCAUUAUAGAACAGCCCUCUCUAACGGCUUCCGCGAGGGCGCCGAGAGCUGCAUCGUCUUGCUGGUGCUGGCCCUGGGUCAAGCGAGUUUGAGAGGCAGCAUCUCACGCAUCGUCCCGGGAGAGGACGCCCCUGGGCUGCAGUACUUUACGGCCGCGUGGGCGCUGCUGCCCGGUAUGAUGACGUCCAACAACGUCCUGGCGGCGCAGUGCCACUUGCUGGCUUCGGCUUAUCUGUUCUACCUGGUGCGGCCCCUGGAGGCUUGGAAUCUGCUCUGCACCACCAGUACCAAACUUCAGCUCUUGCUCAUGUCCCCCAACAGAGUCCCGCCCAACCAGCGGGAGCUCACUGAGCGAAUCUACUGGAAUUCACUACUGUUUGAGAGCGAUCUUUUGGCCGAGCUGGAUUUGCCACACUCGGGCGUCGUUCAAUUUGAGGAGAACGUCGGCCUUCCUGGCGGCUUUGAGGGUGAGGAGCAAGAAGCGAUUGGCCGAGACGACCUCUGGUACUUCCUCGCCGAGAUUGCCCUGCGGCGGCUCCUCAACAGGGUCAGCCAGCUCAUCUACUCAAAAGACUCGAUGGCUUCCACGACCAGCCUGGAGCCGGUGGUGGCGGAGCUCGACUUCCAGCUGACGCAAUGGUACGAGAGCCUGCCGAUGCCGCUGCAGUUCCCCUUCACCCGCACCCUCCUCUCCGAUCCGGUGCAGACCGUGUUGCGCUUGCGCUUCUUUGCUUGCCGGACGAUCAUCUACCGCCCGUACAUCUUGGCCGUAUUGGACAAUGAGCAGGCCGUCCUGGACCCCGCGGUGCGUGACAGUUGCCACAAGUGCCUGGAAGCCUCCAUCCGGCAGCUGGAGCACAUUUCACAACAUCACGCCGGACACAUGCCGUACCUGUGGCAGGGAGCGCUCUCCAUCGUAUCGCAAACGCUACUGGUCAUGGGUGCGACCAUGUCACCCUCUCUGAGCAGUAUCCUCCUCACCCUCGUCCCCCAUAGGGAGACCAUCGAUCAGAUCAUCAACGACGUGGUCAUGGAGAUCGAGCGAUACUCGACACUGGCCCCGAGUCUAAGCCUGGCAGCCGAGAUCAUCAAAGAGGCCGAAGUGCGAAGGAGGGCAUACCUGAGCGGUUGAAAGCCGCUCGGCCCGCCCGCCCAUUCGAAUUGCAUCUAGUUUUCUGCAGCGGGCCACCCAUCUCAAGAGUGCGACCCGCGGCAGUCUCCAGCUCCACGUUCCUGACGGUGGGCCAUCACCAUGAUCCUCCUGCAAACGACUCUGGGGUUGAGUGCCCCGCCGCCCAUUUGGCCGGGAAAGCAGACGUACAGUCGCAGCAGCAUCGAGCGUGCAAAGCUACACUGAACGGUGGAGGCAUCCAUCUGGGGUGCAGACAGAAAUCCGGGGUCACGCCAUCUGGAAAUGGGGGUUGGACGCCGCCCUGCGAAUUGGCGUGGCUUGGUUGGCGGGUAAUACAUGAUCUUACACGGUAUUCGGACCGAAGUCCCGGCACGACCACCCACACAGCCAAUGAGCCAGCCUGGCGCCAACCCAUUUCGAGAUGGCUCUGCCGCCGACCCCCGAGAAUAGAAAGAGAGAGGAAGAGGCGAGAUGCUGUCACUUUUCACAGAGGGCAAGUCUGACGGGGUGGUUAUUAGCACGCAGUGGCAGCACUCACAGUAGUACUCAGUGGCAGGAUUUCGAGGUGGCUGGGAUAACCGGCUCCAAGGCGCACGGGUUUGGGAGGAACAACAUUUUACUUUGGGCGGCUCUAUAUGAGCCAGCCCUGGUAUGUUUGGAGGACGGACAGUACACUUCUCUGGCCCGGGGACUUGGCUCCCAAAGAACAGGGCUGCCGAGAUGUGGUGACAUAGUAACUGUACAACAUAGCACUGCCG